AUGCCUCCUGUGGAGCAGCCGCCGGCCCAUGACCAACCAUCGUCUACUGGGAUAGGUCGUUUCGAGUCUUCCUCCUUCAAGAAGCGUCUUAGUGGUGGUUCAUCAUCGGCAGCCACGGUGCCUACUCCUACUACUCAAUUGCCCGCAGUGGUGGACUCCUCUGAGCCCCUCCAGCGUGCAGUGGUCCCUCCUCCACGGCGCUAUGAGCAUCGAUACACGGCGAGAGGGAUUUUCAUGGCGGUCCUUGUGUGUGUUGGAGGCAUCAUAGUGGCUUGGGUGAUGAUAACAGACGUAUACCGCAACGUUGAGGUUACGCCAGCCAUGCUCCUGGGGGUCGUCACCGCCUCGAUAGUGUUCACCCAAGUGUUUCUCACCUCGCGAACAGCCUCUGAGGAACAAGCGUUCGAGGUCAGACGGGCCCCCUUGCAGGAGACCACUGCUACCAUCCAACCACAACAGCCGCAAAUGAAGCUCUUUGGAGCUCCUGCGGUCUCCUCUAUGCCUGCUAACAGGAGUGGCGAUGAUCUGAGGCAGACUCAGGCUGCGAUAGCUUACCCGGAUCCUAGAGCUACGCAGGACAACCCUCUGAGCCCACCUGGCCAUCACUAUGCUCGUGGGGCUCAUGAUUUGACCCCUCACCGGAUACCGAGUCCUUAUGCUGUAGCCGACACUCCCUCGAUGGCCUCUGUAAGUCGGGCGUCGUUGUCGUCAACCCCUUUGAACCGAUCGGAGCCGGCCUGGGGUAGUGGCCGACCUGGUGCCUCCUUGUCCGUUGGUGGUGUGUCCGCAGCCGAUGUGUUUGGGCAUGAGGUGGUGUCAGCCUGGGCCAGGACGGUCGCCUCUGACGUUAUUGAUCGUCAAAUCGUAGAGCCACUUAUCCGUAUGCUGGCGCUUAGUGACUCCCAGUUGAGCAACGCGGUCAAGGUGGCGGGGCAAGGCUUCUUCCUGGCAUGUGCGACGGUCAGUGAUGGGGGAAGGACCAUAACGAGGCCGCCAAUGUCUUCCGCAAACACCUCCAUGGGGGGAGAGCCCUCGGCCCUUCCUGGAGCUAUAUACCUCUCUGAUCGGAAUUUGCCUCACCCGCUCAGUAGUCUAUCAGAGCUCAACGCGGCAUGGAAGCACAGGCUUGUGCUCGAACGCUACUUCCUGCUACCUCCCAUUCAAGAGGCGGACUCGAUAUCAACCCCUUCAGGGUAUGGUGGGGGACUCCUAUACUCUAGUAGAGACUAUGUGGUCUCGAGAGUCUGUGACUGGGCAACGCACGGCCUUCGGUCGGGGUAUCAGUACGAUCAGAAGGAGGUUCUUAAUACAGUCUAUGAUGGUAGAGCAUCUGGACAUGCCCCCACUGCUGCUGUCGCUACUACUACUUGUGAUACUGUCACUGACUCGAGGGUAUUGGACCAUGUACUAUUACAUGCAUUGGAUUGUCAUAUGAACGCUGGUGGUAGUGCCGGCGCUCGUCCGUUCACUUCGACGUUUGUCCGGUCAGUAGAUGUCAGAGACGGGGUGGAGUCACAGACGGCCCUCACGCAGGCUGCUGGCCUAGUUCGCCCUCCCCGGUGGUCCACUGGUGGUCUGGGGCUUGGUCGUCGGGGAGCAGACUCCCCUGUGUGGAUCCAGAGAUGCUACGACACGUCAACGGGCAUCAUCACGUACAAUGUGAUGGAUGCAACUCGAGUGGGCACGAGGGGCGUUGGCGGAGCGAUGCAAAGGGAUGGUGGAUCCUCGAGAGCAGGAGAGCUGAUGGUGUGCCAGAGGGGCAAUACCAACAUAGUGCAGGCCUUAGCAGUGUUCUUGUGGUCGUUGAAGAAG